AUGCAGAGUCAGGUGAAGGUUGUCCUUGACGGCGCCUCGCUUACGCCCGACGCGCUGUACACUUUGGGUUAUGAGCCGCUCGCCACCAUCGACCUUGCAGCUAAUGCGGUUGCAAGGAUCAAAGCUGGGCGCGCCGUGAUCGAUAAGAUUGUCGAGGAUCGCCAAACAGUCUAUGGCAUUAACACAGGCUUUGGUAAGUUUGAAUCAACGAUUAUCUCACCGGAUCAAUUGGAGUUGCUGCAGCUGAAUCUUGUUCGGUCGCACAGCGCGUGCGUCGGUGAGCCAUUGACACCCCAGCGGGCCCGCAUGAUGAUGGCCCUCCGUGUCAAUAUUCUCUGCAAAGGUCACAGCGGCAUUCGUUUGGAGACGGUUCAAAAAUACGUCCAGGCGUUCAACGCCGGUGUCGUUCCCUACAUUCCAGAGCAAGGAACCGUGGGUGCCAGCGGGGAUCUCGGGCCACUGUCUCACCUCGCCCUCGGAAUGCUUGGCGAAGGACGCCUCGCAACGCUCAAAAACCUCAAGUUCCGUGACGCCCGAGUUGUUUUGCAGGAGUUGGGCGUCGAGCCCAUCACAUUGAAGGCAAAGGAGGGGUUGGCGCUGAUUAACGGAACGCAGUUUAUUUCUGCCCUCGGUUCGGAAGCCGUUGUGCGGGCUCGAAGGGUUGCUCGCCUUGCGGACGUUGUCCUUGCCAUGACUUCUGAAGCUCUGCUGUCAACUGUCAGUAACCUUAACCCUGACAUUCAUCGUGUGCGCCCUCACAAGGGUCAACAGAUUGUGGCUCUGCGCUUGCGGUCGCUUUUGCAUAGCGAAAAGUUUCCGUCUGCAAUUUGUCUCAGCCAUGCCAACUGCGGUCGCGUUCAGGACGCCUACUCUAUCCGGUGCGCCCCCCAGGUGCAUGGGAUCUCUAACGACAUCGUUGAGUGGGUGUACGGUGUCCUUACCACGGAACUCAACUGCGCCACUGAUAACCCGUUGGUGUUCCCGGACGGAGUGAAAAAGGUCGUUUCGUGCGGUAAUUUUCAUGGUGAGUACCCGGCGAAGGCCCUUGAUAUGCUUGCUAUUGGUGUGCAUGAACUUGGGAACAUCAGUGAGCGUCGCAUCGAGCGUCUUAACAACCCCUCUCUGAGCCGUCUUCCCGCCUUCUUGGUGAAAAACGGAGGACUCAACUCGGGCUUCAUGAUCGCACAUUGCACCGCCGCCGCCCUCGUCUCGGAGAACAAGGUCUACUGCCACCCCGCCUCCAUUGACAGCAUCUCCACCUCCGCUGCCCAGGAAGAUCACGUCAGCAUGGGCGGGUUCUCCGCACGCAAGGCCAUUAAGGUUGUGGAAAAUGUCGAGCACAUCCUCGCCAUUGAGCUGCUGUGCGCCUGCCAGGGCGUCGAUCUCCUGCGGCCGCUCAGGUCGACGGAGCCGAUGGAGAAGGUCUGGAGCCUCGUCCGCGGCGUCAGCCCCAGCUGGGACAAGGAUCGUGAGAUGCACAGCAGUAUUACAAACGUCGUGAAGCUGCUGCGCUCCGGUGCCAUCUGGAACGUCGUUAAGAAGUACGUCCCCGAGGAGGCGCGCUUCCUGGACGUCUUCACCGUCAAGAAACCGUUUGGGCUGCAAUCCAAGAUGUGA